UGUUUUAUGUCAGAUAGAGAAGCAUGCGGCCAUUACUUUAAGGACGUGUGUUAGACGUGUGUGUGUUAGAUGUGUGUGAGCAGGGUGUGUGUGUCCCUGGUGUGAGAAUGCAGAUGGAUUCCCUCCUAAGUAUGUGUGUCCUGACCUGGACCCUGGGCACCACCGCCACCGUGGCCACAGAUGUCGACUGGGACGAUGUUGUCAUGGCGAGGCCGAACUCCAGCGUCACGUUGCCGUGUGUGUUCCGACGCCUCGGGAAGAACGACGUCCUCAACUGGAUGGUCACGCCGUUGGGCGGGGCCGAGAGGGCGGCGCUGCUCACAGCCAAUCACAAGAGCGAGUUCCUGCACAAGAAGAGGCGCGGCCUCGGGCUGGCCAAUCAGAAGUACCAGACGACAGGCGAUCUGUCGCUGCGGUUGGUCGCCAUGGAGACGGAUGUGGGGCGGUACUGGUGCCUGGUGGAGCAGGGGGGCAAACAGGUGAAGAAGAGCGUGGUGCUCCUGGCGCUCGUGGACGUUGCCGUGGCGCCCGUGAGUCCUGUACCUGAGGACAGUACCGUGCGUCUCACCGCCCAGGUCACGCCCUCGUACUCCAUCUCCAUGGCAACCUGGCUGUCCCCCACGGGCUCCGCCCUGCGCUCAGAAACUCCGUUACCCCAGGGGGGGCAGAUCACCAAACUGCCCCGAUUCAACAGGAGCCACCAGGGCACCUACACCUACACCGCACGUCCCCAUGGCAACAGCCUCCGCAGCUCCUUCCAGUUUGACGUUACCGUGACAGCAGACAUGAGUGAAGUGGCGGUGUUCCCUAACCCGACGUUUGGUCCGGUCCAGGCGCUGGCGUGUCGGUCGCGUGCCUCGGUUCCCCUGUGGUGUCCGCCUGUUCUGGGCGACUACCUGCUUCUGUACUGGCAGCAGGCCGACUCUCCCAGCAUGCAGCUGGUCUACGAGCACGACCGCUGGCGCCAGAGCUCCACCAAUCACACGCGGCUCCGCCUCCGGCUGCUGAGCCCCGCCCCCCUGGCCACGGAGGGGAACUUCUCCUUCCUCCUCGCCCCGGAGCAGCGGGAGGGGGGCGUGUUCCGCUGCGAGGUCUUCCUCGAUGACCUUGUCUUCAUCCAGGCUACACAGCUCAGUGUCGUACACGUGUUUGCUAAGCGUGGUCCCUCUGAGCUGGUUCUGUGGUGCCUGUACUCGGAGUGGUCUCAGGUCAAGCAUGUGAUGUGGACCCGUCAGACCCAGACCCAGACCCAGACCCAGACCCAGACCCAGACCCAGACCCUGCGCUGGGAGGCCACCAGUCCGGGUCGGGUCAGAACCAGCGUCCCGCUGCCCCUCAGCAGAGACACGGCCUGCAACUACACCUGCACCAUCCAGCUGCAGAACGGCCACAGCGCCGCGGCAGUCUACGCCGCCACACUGCCCCCUAGAGGUGAGACCGCCACACUGCCCCCUAGAGGUGAUGGGACUGCAGUGCACGCCGCCACACUGCCCCCUAGAGGUGAUGGGACUGCAGUGCACGCCGCCACACUGGCCCCUAGAGGUGAUGGGACUGCAGUGCACGCCGCCACACUGCCCCCUAGAGAGAGCCCCAGUGGUUCUACCGAUUCUCUCCUUCCCUCCCUCUCUGCUCUUCUGCUUCUAGUUCCUGUGACGACGAUGGUUGCCGGGGUGUUUCUAUGGAGACGGGCACAGAGCAUCAAUCGCCGCAGAAUGGAGCACUCCUCUCACUAUGGGGAGUCGGAGAAUAUUUAUGAGAAUCCUGAAGAUCUCAGACAACCUCCACAGGGUGCUGUUUACAUGGUUUCAUCAGCAGCACGUUACCAUGGCGCUGGGAGGUGGCGGCACCCCGUCUCUCUGGAGACGAAGGAUGACACGCAAGCCUGA